AUGGUCCGCAUCAAGGAGAGAUACGUUCUCGUCAACAUUUUAUAUCCACCAGACCCUUCGAAGCCACAAGCGCCCAAUGUCCCGGACUUUGUGGUCAUGCACCAACCGACAACGGGCAGUCUCACUCCCCAGUCUCUGUUAAAGGCGAUUAGAGCUGAGGUUGCUACCCUGUUUGGCGACUAUGGUUCUGGCGCCAUAGAAGGGAAUCUCCAGGUCAAGUACCUUUCCAACGCAACGUCAACUUUCAUUUUGAAAGUGAAGAGAGCACACUACCGUCUCGUCUGGGCCGCCCUGACUUUCAUGAACUGCGUGCCUCUUAAGACAGGGGAUGGCAAGCCGUGUACUUUCAAGGUCGUCAGAGUGAGCGGUACUAUUCGCAAGGCCGAAGAGGAGGCAGUUCGACAAGCUAGACAGCUCGUGCUUGCAGCCAAGGACUCUGCUGCGGCCGCUGCCAGUGGCACUCUGCCGAUGUUCACCGCGCCCAAAGCCCAAGUCGAAGACACUAUCAUGUUCGACGCUUCAGACGUCUCCGAUGAGGACAUGGUUGAAGAAGACGGCUGA